GUUGUGGGGCACUUGAGCCACUUCCCAGGCCUCCAAGCCGGUAUCUAAAUUGAAUGGCGCCAAAUAAAAAUCCAAAUUUUCAUUAAAUACUCAAAUACUGACAAAAAUGGAAAGUACCCAUGAUGAACCUUUUGCAGAUAACCAAACACAAGAAAUAGAGAAGACUUUAUUGUUAGCAAAAUUAAAACCUGAAGACCUACUACCACUUACUCAAGUUGUAUAUUUUGCAUCAGAAGAACUACAUCAUAAUAAUUAUAAACUCUUACAAAUCGAUAAUUGCUUGCUGGAGACCUUCAAUGAACAGGGAGUAGUUUAUGUAAAAGGUGAGGAUAAUGAGAAUGCAGUUCUUUGCACUGAUACCGCCACAUAUGAUUUGUUGGAAACUGAAACUUCAAAUGCAUUGUUAUUGGUUGAAUCCUUACACUUUCGAGAUAGUGUCACAGACUCUGCCCCAAAAGCUACAUCCAAAGUUACAGUGAAAGGCGUAUUUUAUGAUUAUUUAGAAGUAACACCAACAAAACCUAAUCUACAGAGAUUGCACGAAUUACUCGAUAAAAGGCCUUAUAAAGGUCCAGAAUAUGAGCGUGAUGGAGACGAACACGAUUUAUACACUUACUCGGAAUUAUUAAACCGUAUCCAAGCUUCAAGGAAUGAACUGGAUGCUGCUCUCGAAGCAAUGCGUAUUGUUAAAGUUAACGAUAAAAUUCGAAUUUUAGAUUUCGAGUAUCAUUCUCGUGUCCUGUCGUAUAUGUUAAAAUUAAUUGAGGAAAACUCGUGGAACUUUAACGAAGUAGAUUACGAUCAAACUGUUAGCACUUUGAGCGAUCUUAUCCCAGAAGAAAUUAUUUGUAGUCUCUUUGAAUUGUACACAGAGAAAUCGAAAGUAAUCGAUGGUCUGCAGUUGUAUAAAUACAAAGAAAUUGAUGUUUGCAAAUUUGUAGCGCGAGUUUUGCUCCAUAAUGCUAGAAAGUUUAAUCUACAAGAAUUUUUGGAAGCAUGGAUGGAGUUGGUACCAAAUGGAAUGCGCCCCGAAACGGAGAUGUUAUACGGACUUGCUAUAAUCGAUACAAAGUCUGUUCCUAAUACGAUACUUGCUUUUGAAGAAGAAACACUGCCCGACAACAUUCUAGAAAGAUUCGAUGUUUUAUUUAACGCAAAAGAUAGGUGGACAGUUCCUGAAAUCACACCAUAUAUUCAGCGCAUGACCACAGAGAAGACUGAUGUAAAUGCGAUUUUAGCUAAAUAUGCUCGAGCGUGUACGUUUUCUGGUGUAAAGUACUAUACAGCGAAGCAUUCUAAAUAAUUAGUGAGGUUCAGAAUUGUUUACUUUGUAUAUAUGCAUUACUUUUAUGUUAAUAUAUGUUUUUGAUUUUG